AUGUCGAAUCCGAAUAAUGAGGAGCAAAAAAGUGAACAGCAGCAACGGCCGUUAGGAGCAGUUCUUGGUUGGCUCAAUCUAUCACCAACGUUACCAAACACGCAAGACAAUAUGGCGGGAGCGACAGCUGCUUCGCCUCCGAGAUUCAUCGAUUAUAGUCAAUUGAUGGAAGCGAAUCGAAACGCACAAAACCUUCAACUUGCGCAUGAGAUUGUAUUCAAUAAAGAUUUUCAGUUACAAUUGCCCGAAUAUGAAAAAGGAAGUAUCGCUGAGAAAGUUCAUGAUACAAUGCAUACGGCCUUUUGGGAUGUUCUGGGCGAAGAUUUGAAAGCAGAUCCGCCUCGUUACGAACAUAUUAUCAAAUUAAUCGGCGAAGCCAAAGAAGAUCUUAAAACUUUAGUUUUACCUCAUCAAACCACUUUAAAAAGUCAUAUCGAUGACGCGAUUGAUCUCGAAAUCAUCAAACGUCGAUUCGAAGCCAAUGAAGCUGAUCCUAACGAAUACACCAAAUAUUUCAUCGAUAUGAUGGCUAGCCUUUGCGCUGAAUGCCGAGAUGAGAACAUUGCGAAACUACGGACAAUUACCGAUCCAGCGGAAUGUUUUAGAGGUAUUAUGGAAGUUUUGAGUUUAAUGAAACUUGAUAUGGCAAAUUUCAAUAUUCGCCAAUACCGUCCGCUGUUACAACAACAAGCUGUAGCGUACGAAAAAUCUACAUUUGACAAAUUCAUGGAAAAUCAACGAGCAAUGGGUAUUGAUCCAUUGUUGUCAACAUAUAAAUGGCUUGAACGAGCUUUCAAUCGCUUAAAAACCAAUGAUACCAUUGGUUGGUAUCAAACGCCAACUUCGUCUUCCAUUGAUAGUCCAUUAGUCAUUCUGAAUGAAGCUUAUUGUGAACUUUUACUCUGGAAUCCUAAGUAUCCAUUUCCUGAAACAUUAGAAUUAGAUGAAAUUCGUUACAAUCAAGUUCAUGUUGCAACAAUGCGUUUGUUAUUAAUUUCCACCAUCAUGACCGUCCUAUCGCAUUUAACUGGUUCUGUUCUACGAGAUCAUGAAGCGAUCAAAACAAUGCUCAAAUCGGAAAUGAUCAUUCUUCUAGAUGAUUUUCCACAAAAAAAGAAGUUGAAAGAGGUGCUGAUAUCACUAAGCGAACAAGUAGUUAAAACAGCAAAAGAACAAUUAGAAAAACAUGACAGAGCAAAAGUUAUCAUCGAUAACGAACAAAACAUCAAAAAGGCAAUCACAGCAAUCGGCGAGCACCAUGUCAUCGAACACGCUGUUUUCAAGUUACUCUUUCAACGUUACAUAUCGUUUAUUCAUCAUCUAUUGGAUCAUCAUUCGACAAGCGCUUCAGCGCUAUCGAACGUUGCCAUUCCGAAUGGAUUGAAUAUCGUUAUGAAUGAAGUGAUCACAACCGUCAGUUUUUUUCUUCGGUUGAUAACUUACAACAAGAUGGUUUUCAAUGAACAUUACGAUCGGUUGAUUUCUCAAAUUCAAUCCUCAGCGAAAUAA